CCAGGACGAAGAUUCGGGCCUCCGAGAGUGGCGCCGCACCCGGAGGAGGACGCCGGCUGGUGAGCUGGAUCGUGAGGGCCUUCGUGGCACCUUCGUGGCCGCACGGGUCCCUGGCACCGCACGUGCGGGUUCAGCCCCCGAGGCGGCACGAACCUGCAGGGGCGGCGCCCCUGCUUGGGCGGCAUGGAGGAGCAGAGGUGUUUUUCCUUGGAGGAAGUCCUACGCCAUGACGCGGGGGUUCGAGCCAGGCGACGCGGACCGCGGCCGCGAGCCGUGCCCGGACCGCAUCGUGGAGGACCUGGGCGGGGCCUUCGGCAUGGGCGCCGUCGGAGGAUUCGUGUGGCACUUCGUGAAGGGUGCCCGCCACUCUCCAGCUGGGGACAGGCUCCAGGGCGCCAUGUACAGCGCCAGGAACCGCGCUCCGAUCCUGGGCGGCAACUUCGCUGUCUGGGGCGGGACGUUCUCGUGCUUCGACUGCUCGCUGCAGUACAUCAGGAGGCGGGACGACCACUGGAACGCCAUCGCUUCCGGCUUCCUGACCGGCGGCGUGCUCGCCGCGCGAGGCGGCUGGAAGGCGGGAGGGGCAAUGGGGCACAGGUGGAGUGCUGCUUGGCAUCAUCGAGGGCGUGGUGGCCCUGCUCAUGAGGUCCACGUCGAAGACCCCGCGGGAGAUGGCGCUGGAGCAGAUGGAGCAGGAGAAGCAGAUGGCGGAGAGUACAACAAGAGAAAGGACGCGGGCGAGCUGAGCCCGGCCCAGAGCUGGCUCCAGUACGCGCAGGCCUCCGGGAUGGCGCCCUCCCUGGGCUCCAAGGUCGAGUGA